UAUAUAUAGACAUGCAUGGACUCAUGUCCGUGUAUUCGUACAGUCCUUGCUUUGUCUAACACAGAAAGCCGUGUAUACAUACGCCUACAUCAUGAAACAAUUAUUAGUGUUUUGUGCGUUUGUCGCUGCCGGGUCUUCGCGACCCGAUUGCAGAGGACCUUAUUAUCAGGAGUAUGCUCGGUUUAACCGAGACGGUAGCGUCGCCGACACUCCUGAAGUAGCCAGGGCAAAGGUUGCCCAUUAUGCUAUACUUGCCAAAGCUGGAGGUGCCGUUCCUCACUACCCCGGACAAUGGAUCUCUACUCCCGGAUCGUCGCCCUACAGCCGAUCGGGUUACUAUUGGUACGACAAAGAACGUCUGAACCCCGACGGAACCGUCGCUGAAACACUGGAAGUAGAACACGCAAAAAAAGGCCAUUUUGCCGCACAUGCUAAAGCCAGGGCUUAUCUCGGUCUCCCACCUGUGGAAGUUGCUAACAACCAGGUAGGCGCAGGUGCCACAGCAUCUCGCUUCGCGGCUCACAUAGGCGCCCUCAGAAGGUCGAAACGAUAUGCCCCGGCACCCUUGAACCCGGACGGCACUGUCGCUGACACCCCCGAAGUCGCCACGGCCAAAGCACAGCACUUCGCCACAGUCGCCAAAGCCAGAGCGUACAAUUUGAUCCCCGUCUCUUACUACACUGGUGGAAAAUGGUUGGGACCUCCUGCACCCCUCAACCCCGACGGUACGGUAGCCGACACUCCUGAGGUCCAAGCGGUCAAAGCAGCACAUUUUGCAGCCCACGCCGGUGCUAGACACGGAACUCUUGUUUUCCAACCUUCUACGGCCUACUACGGUUAGGCACCCCUCAACGCAGAUGGAACCGUCGCAGAAACGCCUGCAGUUGUUGCAAGGAAGGUUCAACAUUUUGUUCCUUACAACCAAGCUCUCGCUAGGCUUGGUUAACAGCCCAACACCUAAACGUUUUACCUACUCUAUUUUUAUACAAUAAAAACUAAUUUUUUACCUAUGA